AUCCUAGACCUUAACUGACGCGGUUUUCCGCCCUAUAUCAUUGACGUGCGACGGAUGGCAGACGCUCUACUCGCCGCGCGUGGCCAAAAUCCACCUCCAGCACCUAUUGGCAAGAAGUAGGUGUCGCGCUUUAUCCAGAACCAGCCAGAGCUCCAGACAAAGUGGACUAGGAAGUAUAGUAGCCAGCGCGCUCUCUCUAAGGAUCCUGUCGCAAUCGCAGCUUGGUCUAAGCUAGUAGAAGAGACGCGCUAGACGUACAGUAUCCUAGAUUAAGACAUCUACAACUUUGACGAGACUAGGUUCGCAAUGGGCGUCGCUAGCACGUCUAAGGUAGUUAUAAGCUCUGAUAGAGUCGGCCGAGUAGCUGUUGUACAGCCAGGUAAUCGCGAGUGGGUUGCAGCGAUUAAGUGCAUUAAUACGUCUAGCUGGUGUCUACCACCGUUAGUUAUCUUGUCUGGUAAGGUCCACAAGAACAGCUGGUAUAAUGGGCUCCCACCAGACUGGGCUAUUAGUGUCUCAGACAACGGUUGGACGACUGAUCAGCUUGGCGUAGAGUGGGUGAAGCACUUUAAUCAGCAUACAGCAGCUCGUACAGCUGGAGUCUAUCGGCUUCUUAUUCUAGACAGCUAUAGUAGCCACGCUACGCCAGAGUUCGACCAGUACUGCGCUGAGAAUAAGAUCAUUACUCUCUGCAUGCUACCUUAUACUUCCCAUCUUCUCUAGCCUCUAGACGUGAGCUGCUACUCUCCUCUUAAGCGUGUGUACGGACGCGAGAUUGAGGAGCUCGCGCGCUAUGGGGUCUACCACGUUAAUAAGAUUGACUUCCUCACAGUCUAUACACGGAUCCGGCCGACAGUCUUCACGCAGCAGAAUAUCUAGGCAGGCUUUCAGGCAACAGGCCUUGUCCCUCCUUAUCUAGAUUGCGUUCUAUUGUCGCUUACUAUAGCUAGAACACUAUCCCCACCACAGACAACUAUAGAUAAUAAC